GCGCAGUAACGCGUCCGAGGCUGAAUUCGAACUUUGUUCUAAGCAAGCUUUUGUGCAAUAUUCUUUUCUUCUCAGUAUAUUUGCAGUGGAAAUAAUGAGUGAAGUACACAUUAUAGUGCCGCAACUGUCUGUGUGAAAUUUCUUUCCUGUUCCAUGUCGUCUUCUAAAAGUCGGCCAGAUCCUUGCCAUGCGAUGUCGUUGCAGAACCCCAGACUUCGACAUUACAGGACCAUGACAGCGAUCUGUUUCGUGUGUAACCUACCGAUCCUGAGCCAUCAGGUUGGUCUGGUAUGGCAAGGAGGGAACGGCUGGGACGAUCUAGUGCGGGAACAGGUGGAGGAAUCUACUUUGAGGCAACGUCUUGGAACCGGGAGACGCGACUCAGCGACACAGAUCACGUCCAUAUCGCCGCCGAAUGAGCCACAGGAAUCCUCCACGACGAAUCAGCGUCGUCGAAGAUCCAGCUUGGCGCAGUUGACGGACAUUUUGCGGGAAUGGAGCGGCGGUGGCGCUUCCGCAAAGAGCGAACGUGGAAAUAAAUUGUAUCGUCGCGAAACAUUGGCCGAUAUCGCGAAAUCUUUGCCGUGGUCCAGGCAGACGACCACGGAUGCAAGCCAUUUGGAAAGACUGCGCAAGAGACGCGAAAGCUCAGUCGAUAGCGGGAUUAGAAGCCAGGCGUCGACGAAAUCGAGGAAAGAUUCGACGAUCAGCGAACUUAAGAACGAUAUUGCCAGGCUCUGGGGGAAGAAAGAGACUCCACAGGCGCAACCACCUCCUACGGUUAUUUCGCCUACUUAUCGAGGCUCCAGUGAUCCGAGAGGUUCUCGACGCGGUUCCGGUGAGAGUGGAAGAACCAAAAGCCAAGGAGAGCGAAAGCAUACUUGCAGUCGUCACAGACGCAGGCAGUCGCAGCAAUCACAGCAAUCGGUGGACAGUAGUAGUGGCAUGAUGCCCACGAAAUAUUAUAGAAGCGAUCAAAGACCGAGCGCUUCCAGCACUGACAGCGCAGCCAGCAAUGCUGUCAGGGAACACUUGGAAGCGCGCAAUUCCAUGGAUAAAAGCGACCGAUCGAGCAGCAUCGAAGGCAAGACACCCGUGACAUCUAGUACUGAGUCGAAAACGUCGACCACUACCACAACAGUCUCGUCAACGAUCGCUACAAUAACGACCACGUCGGCUGCGUUAACCACGUCAACCUUAGAUCCAAAGAACGCCACAGAGAGCAGAAAUCUAACUCUCGACUCAUCAAUCACACCCCCCACUAUCGUGAUGUCAUCAGUGACAUCGCCAAGCGUUUCACCAACAGUUGGUAGUAACCUUCCGCUUCCCGGAACUUCCACUUCCGGUAGCUCCAGCCCUGUCGGUUCGCCAAAUGUUAACACACCAACGCAUCCUUUGCUUAGCACUAGAAGAGACUCCACUACUCAGUGCUAUCAGAAGGGGAAGGAGCUUUCCCCAAACAAGGCGUCAAGAUUAAUACGACAAUCGGCUGCUAUAGACGAGUCGAUGCCACCCGCACGGCAUCGUCGCGGAAGUCAGCCAACUCUGUCACCGGAUACUGACGAAGGAGGUCGGAGAGCUCGUAAAGAUUCGUUAAGUCCGGAUUCUGCUUCAUAUCCUCGGCGUCGGGACUCGAGGAGCCAUCUGAGUCCAGACCGGGCUGUCGAUAAAAGGGAUAUCAGUCCUAUCAGAGAGAGAUCUCAGUUGACAAGGCAGUCAAUGUCUAUGGCUGGUCGGUCGCCGCCCAGGUCGCCAGAUAGCUCCUCUUGUUCUUCGAGAGACCCGAGUCCUUGUGCUCGUGCACCGGGAGGUAUACCGCAUGCUCCAAUAGCUAGAAGGCAGUCGACAACAGACGAGAUAUUUAUUGCUCGUGGCUUUCGACGACAGAGUACCACAGAAGAAACAAUAAGAUGUCGAAAUUUUAGAAGACAGAGCUCUCAGAGCGAAAAAAUGGUACAAAGAUAUCAAGGACGAAGAGACAGUUCGACUCAAAUCACUGACGGAACAUUCGCUACGAUGUCUGUCGAGACAUCGAACACCUUUUUCGAUAGCAGUACCCAGACUGAACCGUCGCCGCUGUACGACAACAAUCACUACCAUGAGGAAUGCCUAAAAUGUAAUAGCUGUGGCCUGAAUCUCACGGGACCCAACCAGAAACGGGCUAGGCGGUUCAAGAACCAAAUACUUUGCGAUCUUCACUUCGCUGACGUGGCGCUGAUGGAGUGCUCGGACUUCAUGCAGCAGUUGCGCAGCUUCAAACCACAAAGUUUAGGCUGCGCAGUUGCCCGAAGAAAAUCAUCGACAACCUUAAUCUUCCCCUUACCACCGCAAGCUUGCUCAGAUGAGUUCUGCAACGAGUUCCCUCACAAUCUGGUACCUACACCUGGCUACUGGAUCGAGUGCUCUAGACAGCAAAUCACUUCUGACACGAUCUGGGACGAGAGCGAGAGCGGAGAAGCGACUGACACUGAAUUGGCUGAGGUUCAACAAGAGUCGGAUACCGACGAAGUGCCCAGGAAGAAGACCACGAUCGAGGAACAAUGGGAAAAGAAUCAAGGAUUCGAGCUGACCUCUGUCGAACAAGAGACCUAUGAAAAAUAUUUCUACGGAACUGAACAUUGGAAUUAUUUUGCCAACGACGAAGAUCUUGGCCCGGUGAUACUAAGUAUCAAGCAGGAAACAUUGAAUAGCCGGGAUCAAUUCAGAAUUCUCGUCAGAGCCAUCAGUUACACUGUACACGGGCUAAUUCCUGCGAGCUGUGUAUUUGCUGACAGGUACAAUCGCGAGGAAGUGGUCCGCAGCUUAGGCAAAGAGGUGAACGUGAAUCCGCCAUUAACGUUAGGUCAAUUACCUGACACUCAGGAUGAGCUGCUGAAGCUGGAUCAGGUGUUCAUAAAAUCGGAGUUAAAAGUCGGCGUGCUGUACGUUCAAGAGGACCAGCGUACCGAGGAGGAGAUAUUGGACAACCACGAGAAUUCGCCGCUUUUCGACGAAUUCCUACAAAUUCUCGGUGAUAAAAUUCGUCUGAAGGGUUUCGAUAAGUACAAGGGCGGCUUGGAUACGAUUCACGACCUGACUGGAUUGUACUCUGUGUACACGAAUUGGCGAGGCAUCGAGAUCAUGUACCACGUGUCCACAUUCCUACCUAAUGAGAAGCACGACGUGCAAAGGGUACAAAAAAAACGACACAUCGGUAACGACAUAGUGUGUGUCGUGUUCUUGGAAGCAGACAAGACUCCGUUUAAUCCAGCCUGUAUGAAGUCCCAUUUUCUCUACACGUUCAUUCUAAUUAGAGUUAGUCCACGAAUAAAAAGGAAAGUCACCAGAUAUGAAGUAUCAGUUGCCACUAGGGACGAGGUUGGAGCAUACAAACCCUAUCUUUGGGAACAAAAUGUUUUUAAAAAGGGUCCCAUGUUCCGCGAGUGGUUAUUGACGAAAAUUGUGAACGGAGAGCGAGCAAGUUAUUCUGCACCAAAAUUCGCGAAGAUGCAAGAAAGAACGAGAACUCAGAUGUUGGAAGAUAUCGUGGCCAACUUGGCUAAUCAUGCAGAAACCGGGCAGAUUCCGAAACCAUACAGACGCGGUUCGUGGAGACCAAUUGGCCAUAUGAGACCAUCUUCCCCACUUUUGGAUUCUGUCAGAGAUCAAUUCGAAGAUCACGAUCAACUUGCCAAAGACUUCACUAAAGUAUUUUUGAACAAUGAAGAGAAUACCACGUUAAAUACGAACCUGUUUGAUGUUUGUUUCCUGGUACAUGGACCACAAAAGCAGAAAGUCCGAUUCUUUGGCGUCAGAGCGAUUUUGGCAGUUAGGAGCAGAGUAUUCCAAGAGAUGUUGUAUGGUAUUCAAGCGGGUUUCGGAAGUCCACAAGUGCCGGUUGCUGAAUUACUUGCCAGACCGGUACCAACCUUGUUGAGCCCACAGAAGCCACGAAGUUCUAACUUCCUUCAAGUUCCUGAUGUCGAAAGUCCAAGACCUAAAAGCGUGCCCUCGUCACCGAUGAUGAAGCGAGCGUUCUCGAGGCUCGGCACGAUCACGGCAGGCUGGGGACGGAGCAUUAAGAAACACGGAAGCGGAAACACGCUGCAAAGCGAGGAUCGGAAACGUUGGGCUAGUUCGCAGGAUUGCAGCAAUAAAGAGGCGAAGGAAAAGGAGAAGGCAGCUCAACAGUUGGCGGUACCCAGACUCAGCGUGUGUGCGGAUGCGCAGAAAGUUGAUAGAGCAAAAUUGGCACAAACGGAGUUCAAUAUCAUCGAAUUCGACCCGAAGACGUUCAAGAUUCUGCUCAACUACCUACAGACAGGUUCUUGUCCACUGACAUGCAGCAACAUACCAGGCCUGAUCUGUGCAGCGGAGCACUAUGAUCUACCAGAGCUUCUACAGGCGUGUUUCCAUCACGCGAAACAAUUUUUACGAAUUGAAAUUGUCUGCGUGAUGCUGUGCGCGUUGGAAAACUACUGCUGGCGUUACACGUCUGCCUCGGAGCUAGUUAAUAUGAUCCUCGCGUUCAUCGAGACCAGAGCGUACCAGUUGUUCCAGAAUCCUGAUUUUCUCACAUUAAGUGAGUCUAUGGUUCAAAUGAUCAUGUGCAGAGGUCUGGAAGUUGGCGAAAUUAAGAAAUUCGAGGCGAUGCUCGAGUGGGCGAAGAAUAGGAUUAAAGACAGGAAAUCGACCAAAGUAGACCCGAAAGUUGAGUUCAAGUGUAUUAUGGAGAGGCUCAGUAGAGACUUGAAGUUGUAUAGAAUAACGCCUCAAGAACUUAUUAGGAUUGUCUUGCCAUCCAAAGCAAUCAGAAACGAGAGAAUCCUGGAAACUCUGAUGUACCAAGCAAACUCUGGCAUCUACAGGAACGUCGACAGCUAUUUGGAAGCUUACCAGAAAAAGGUCCAGUAAAAAUAGCGUUCUCGGGGUAUCCGAGUCCUCGCCUAAUGUUCAUCAAGUGUUUCUCAAGUACCCGGAUACUCUCGUUGUGUCUGCGGAACACGAAUACAAUCAACAGACACUGAUAAUGAUUCGGUAUGCGUGUUUUAUGUAUGCGUGUAAUUAUAUAUAUAUAUAUAUUAUUAUAUAUGUGUGUGUUUUAUGAAUGUGAAGAAGAAACAAUGAAAAAAAAAAAAAAAAAAGGAGUUUCGUCAUGCGUUUAUGAUCGGUAUUAUGCGUUUAUCGUUCAGAUAAGAUAUAAUAUAUCUAUAGAAAGUCGAGUCGGUAUUUUAAUAUAUCGUAAGAGGCUCCGAUCGCUUCGACGCAAAUUCGUCAUUUUAUUCGUUUCUAACAAUCACCGAGAACGGUUUUCGUUUGUUCGCUAGGCUCGAAUAUUAUAAUACUGCUUCGUGGGCGAGUCAGCAAUAUCAUUCGGAUUCCUGUCCUCUGCAUACCCGCAAUUUGUCGUAUCCAGACGUAUCGCUGUGUUCGCGUUUAUUUGCGGAUAUACUUCGUAUUCUCGUGUGGAAGAGAAAAAAGGAAAUCAAUCAUGUAUCUUUUCGAGAAUAUAUGAAAAAUACAUACAUACACGAGCGCGCGUGCGCGCGUACACACACACACAUACACACACGAGGAUCCGAAUAAUAUUUGCGGUCCUAAGUUCGUACUGUUCGCCUAGUUAUAUGCGUGUUGUAAUACGUAGACAUACAUCGUGCACAUUAACGUUCACAAGAUCCCUCUCCUUUUUUUUCCAUCCUAUUGCUGACAAUGCGCGAAAAACCUAUUAGCAAAUUUUUGUAAAUUGGCGAAUGUUCGGGACUCGCUGUGUGUCACGUUGUCGCGUGGUGUUACGAAUACAAAGGCAACUGAAAUUAUGAUAAAAAAAGUUUAUUGUAUAUGAAGCUACUGUGAUGUUACUGUUGAAUAUAAAAAAAAUAUAUAUAUACAUAAAAAAGAUGCUGUAUUUAAAAAUUGUA